AUGGCGGCUUCUUUAGCCAGUUGGUCUGCUGUGCCGUUCCCAGCUGUUUCGCAAUGUCCAGGCAUCCAAUCCAGCCGGACGGCGAAUGCCGUGGGUCUUGGUGUUUUUGGCUGCCUGUAG